AUGGGGUUCUUCUACAACAACAGCGUUAUCGCGCUGAUUCAAAGGGUUUUCAGACGUCCUGCGGACGCGACGAUGUGGCUCUUUACCGGUAUGAUAGUGAUUGGAACUUUAUACACGAUGAUCGCAGUGGGACCUCAAUCGAAACCGAAACCCCGCAGAGAUAGGUGA